CAACUCAUUCAUGCUAUAAUAUACGCAUGUUGCAACCCCGCUGCCCUUGAUUCAGCAAGCGGAAUCGACCAAUUACGCCCGGGAUGUCAGGAAGGGUAUCCCCGCAUGAGGUCGGGUGGUGCGCCACGAAGAUCUUUGGUGAUGCCGAGGAACAAAAUACCUAAUAUGGGUGUCCCAAACUGGUGGUAGAAUCCACGAUUCAAGUCAUUGCAGGAGCAGACGUCCCUCCAACAGCUCGGGGUUUCACCGUCCUCUCAGAGUUAAACGCCAAACAUUUCACGAUGUUCUAUUAUUUCCUAUUUCUUCUGGCGUGUCCGCUGGCAGUAUUUGGCCAGUUUGGCGGAUUUCCAGUCAACGGCGACGGCCCUCUCCCUGAAAUGCCCAUGCCUUCCACAACCAGACCUCCUGCGGCAGACGCUGGGAUAGGCAACGCCGGAGUCGGCUUUGGCAACAACAACGGCUUUGGCGGAACCAGCGCCGGCGGCGGUGUUGGGGAUGUUGGCGGUAGCGUCGGCGCUGGUCAAGCCGGCGCCGGGGGAGCCAGCGUGGGCAGCGUAGGUGCCGGCGGCGCCACCGGUCAGGGCGGCUUGGACGACAACGACGGCUCCGAUGACGACAACGAUGGCUCCGGCAGUGGUGGGGGCUCCGGUUCGGCCGGAGGUAGCAUGUCCUACUCGUACGACUACGGCACCGGCGGAGGAGGUCCGGGGCUCCUCAGCAGUUCCGGGGGGAAGGCCGGUGUGGGCAUCGCAUGCGUUGUGGCGGUGGCCGUGCUGGUGGCAGGCGCAAUGUUCAUCUUCUACAAGAGGCAGCAGAGACAAGGAAUGGGCGGGAAUGUUUAAGUACAAAAUGGCAACAAGGAACUCGAAGAGAAACUCAUAGUAUUCAUUUUGAAGUAUUUUCUUUGUAUUUAUGCUGAGUAGAAAUUCCUAUUAACAGUAAUGCUGAGCAUUGUUACAACUGCCAGAGUGUUAUUUACUGAUGUAAGGGACGAACCUGGACCAACAAAAAAUUAUCUGAAAUUGACAACAUCAGGACAGUGCCAACCGUCAGGUAAAUGUGGGAUUUUUCGUCCAUAUCUUUUAAAACGCUCAUCAACAUGCCGUCCGUCUGCAGGUGUCUUGGACCUCACUUUGUCUGAGGAACUUAACGGAAAAAGGAACGGCUUACCACAUUGCUUCAAUGUCAAACGAAAAACCAUUCAAUGUAUUUAAUGUAAUGUUCACCCAGUUUCUCACUCCUUGCUCAUUCCAGCGAAGUUCCCAACCAUUUUAUAGUCAGCACUGGUCGGCUGAUGACGUCAGAGCCCCCUGCAGGCUCCAAACUGAAUAAAGCUUGUGCUGAGUGCAAUUCAAAUUCUCAACAAAUGAGGGCGCUGUACGUUAGAGGCUUCAUUUGCCUCAACCUACCUCUUGCCUUGUCCGAAUUACUUCGCCGGGGCUUAAAAUUACGCAAGAGUCUAUGGUUAUGGCUGCAGCCACUUCCCAUAGAGUUGCGUGUAAUUUCAAGCCGCAGUCAAGUAUUUUGGACACGGUUUUAGGAAUUGUUGUAGACGUCCAUGUACUCUAUAAAGUCGGUGGCAGAUGAAGAACUAGCGCCCUCUACGUACACAUUCAAGUACUCGUUCAUCAAAAACAAAAACACCCUUUGGUGUCUCAAUCCUACGAGCAACAAUACUUUCCAAGAGAAUACUACAUGUUUUAAAGUAUGGGACCUGCAAUGAGGCUAUUUUUUAUUGUGUUUUAGGCUUAUAGUGUUUAGGUUUUGAAACGAUUCCUUUGUUGGAUCUUAUAAUAUACCGGUAUAUCGGGACAACUAUACUCAGGCGGUGGCAGAAAUUCCAAUAAUCAAGACAAAGGCGGUCUUGCACACAAUUAUAUUCUUAUACAUAGAAUACGCCGCUGAACUGCGGGCAGUUACACGGAAUACGGGACUUAGUGGUUUUUGCUGUACAUUACGCUACGUCUAUCCUUUUUUCACGCUAACUAUUCUAAAAGUAUAAAAAUGGAUGUUAUCUUUGGCUUGUUCAUUUGAUAGCUAUCUGUCAGUAAUGUUGUACGUCUGUAAUAUAGCUGCAUAUAAAUAUAAUUCUAUGAGCCUAUAAAUAAUCAGAAGUUUUUUCUUUGUGUGAACUAGAUUACUAAAACUACCUUUGAAUGAGGUAUAGGAAAAGCCUUGCUGUACACGAAUAAAUAAUACAAGAACAGUACAGAAAAACCAUA